CAUGGACAGAAGCUCUGUUUUCAACUGCGUGCUCCGGGCUUCACUGCAGCGGCAGAGUGUGGGUCAGCUUUGUGACCCGCGCUCCGCCGCAACCCCUAGCACCUCAGAGCCGGAUGGCGAUGUCUCCCGAGAAACGCUGCAUGGAAACACCGCCUGCAGUCCUCCACCACACGUUGUAGAUCCGAUUGCUGGAGCUGCCGCUCCACAGGGUGACCCGACCCGCUGGUCAACAGAAACAGCCUUCUGCAGUGCAGAGCAUCCGUAAAGGCGGAACGAGCCCACACCAUCAUGUUUGGCACUAAGAGAUUAAAGAAAAAGUCCCAGUCGGUGGAUAUUAGCGGGCCAGGAUGCAACCCAGUGGCAGCUGAAGCUCAGACCCCUCAGCCCAGUAAGUCUUUGCUUGCCACUAAGACAGCUGCUUCUGAGGAGGAACAGAACAACGCCGCGAACACCCAAAGGUGCACCCCGCGGAGGAGCGAGUUGAAGAGAUACUACACCAUUGACACUGGCCAGAAGAAGACCUCAGAGAAGAAAGAUGGGCGGCGAAUGUCCUUUCAGAAGCCCAGAGGAACUCUUGAAUAUUCUGUGGAAUCAAGAGAUACUUUAAACAGUAUUGCCUUGAAAUUUGAUACAACACCCAAUGAACUGGUUCAGUUAAAUAAGCUUUUCUCCAGAGCAGUCGUUCCUGGACAGAUUUUGUAUGUUCCUGACCCAGACUACAUUUCUAGUGUGGACAGCUCCCCCUCUCUAAGUCCUAUAAGUCCCCUAUCACCUACAUCUUCCGAAGCAGAGCUUGACAAGGCUACAGUAAAUGAUCCAGAUGGAAUCCAACAGAAAGACUCAGCUACUUCCCCAGCACACGUGUGUGUUCGUCCUACAAGAGUGGUGUCAUCCACCUCGGAAGAGGAGGAAGCAUUCACAGAGAAGUUCCUGAAAAUUAAUUGCAAGUACAUCACUAAUGGCAAGGGUACAGUCAAUGGUGUGCUGCUAGUGACACCAAAUAAUAUCAUGUUUGAUCCUCACAAGAUGGAUCCUCUGGUCCAGGAGAAUGGCUGUGAAGAGUAUGGCAUCAUGUGUCCGAUGGAAGAAGUGAUGUCAGCUGCUCUGUAUAAGGAAAUCGUGGACAGCAAAAUCAAGGAUUCAUUAACAAUAGAUGUAGAACAGCUGUCUGUAAGGGAACACUGCCAUUCCAAGAGAGCUGCAAAGAGCAAUACAGAUGAAAUGGAUUCCAGAAUUCGGGAUACAGGCAAUGACAGUGCUAGUACUGCCCCAAGGAGCACGGAGGAGUCUCUUUCAGAAGAUGUCUUCACCGAAUCAGAACUCUCUCCAAUACGUGAGGAACUUGUUUCCUCAGAUGAACUUCGACAAGACAAGUCUUCAGGAGCAUCAUCAGAAUCUGUCCAAACAAUAAACCAGACUAGUUCUGAAUGUUUAACAAUCAUUUCAGACUCAAAUGAAGCUCCUAGUGACUUAAAACCCAAUGCUGAAAUGCUUGCGAAUGUCUUGGGUUCAGAAAGUUCUGGAAUGUCUACAAAGUGGGGAGAAAAGCCCAGUGAAAGUACUGGAGAUGUUCUCCAGGAGUCCUCGCAAGGAUCCCAUGGGAGUGAAGAGUGUGGGAAAGAGGCAGAAGUGGGUAGCAAUCAGGAUGCCUCACUAGAUAACAAACCAAAAGACAGUAAGACAGAGGAGGAAUGUCUGUGCUGUGAGGAUACCAUGGAGUCUGAAAAGAAAGAGGCAACUAGCAAGGGGAGAGAGCAAACACAAGACUCAGAGACAGAAGUAGAGGAACUCCGUAAGCUCUGGAAGACCCACACUAUGCAACAAACCAAACAGCAAAGGGAAAACAUGCAACAGGACUCCCAAAAAGAAAUCAGUCACAGAGCUCUGACUGUGGCAGAGGGACAAGUAGAAGGCUCUUCUCUUACAAGAGACAAGAGGCGGCAUCGCUCUCACAAGUUCCUGCGGCUGCGGGUGGGGAAACCCAUGAGGAAGACAUUUGUUUCGCAAGCAAGCGCUACAAUGCAGCAGUAUGCACAGAGGGAUAAAAAGCAUGAGUAUUGGUUUGCUGUUCCCCAAGAAAGGACAGAUCACUUGUAUGUCUUCUUUAUCCAGUGGAGUCCAGAGAUAUAUGCAGAAGACACUGGGGAGUCUCUUCGGGAGCCUGGAUUUAUAGUGGUAAAAAAGAAGGAAGAGCCUGAAGCUAAUGAAGAAUCUACUACUGAUACUGCUGAAGAUGCUGCUAAAGAGUGGGAGGUAGUGUCAGUGGCUGAGUAUCACCGCAGGAUCGAUGCUCUAAAUAGCGAAGAACUGCGCACUCUCUGCAGACGUCUCCAGAUAACAACAAAAGAAGACGUCAGUUCAAAACAGGCAACAAACACCAAACCAGACCUGGAGCCUGAAGCAUUCCGGCCAAACCUUAGUGAUCCUAGUGAAUUAUUACAGCCAGAUCAAAUUGAAAAGCUCACAAAAUCUCUUCCACCACGGACCAUCGGAUAUCCAUGGACUCUUGUCUACAGUACUGCAAAGCAUGGCAUGAGCCUGAAGACCUUGUACCGAACUAUGCUGGGCUUAGACACACCUGUGCUCUUGGUUAUCAAGGACAGUGAUGGACAGGUUUUUGGUGCACUGGCAUCUGAGCCAUUUAAAGUGAGUGAUGGCUUCUAUGGCACUGGGGAGACCUUUCUGUUCACUUUUUCUCCAGAGUUUGAGGUUUUCAAAUGGACAGGAGACAACAUGUUCUUCAUCAAAGGAGACAUGGACUCCCUUGCCUUUGGUGGAGGAGGAGGGGAGUUUGCUCUGUGGCUCGAUGGAGAUCUCUACCAUGGAAGAAGUCAUUCGUGUAAAACAUUUGGGAAUCACACACUUUCUAAGAGAGAAGACUUCAUUAUCCAAGACAUAGAAAUAUGGGCUUUUGAAUGAGUAUUUAACUGUUUCUACAGGGUCUUGUCCCAAACCUGACAUGAAUCAGUGCAGCUCAAAAUUCCCUAGGAGCAAUAUAAUGCAUCGUUUUGUCAUUCUCAUUUUGCCCUAAGCUUUCAGUGUGGCCAUCUGGUUAUUUUUGAAAUGGCAGAGUUCUUUUUGUGCUCUCACAUCUGUAAUCCACUGUCCUGCCUUUUCUAAGCUGCAGACCCUUCUACAAAAGACAGACCGUGUGGACUGAAAAGGAGCGCUAUUUACUUUGAGCCUUGCAGCCUGCAAAGCUUUCUUAUCCUUAUUGCAGUUACCUCCCAGGUUUCCCACACACACCUUUCUGCUAUCCCUCAAGGGGGCUGCUUCAUGGAAUAUAGGUUAUUAUUUUUGUAUUCAGAUUGUCUAUGAAUGAAGCUGCCCCCUGUGAACCUAUAGAAGAAGAAAGCUGCGUGUGGGUAUUUGACAUCAGUACUGCAGAGAUUGGUCUGGACCAAUGGUGGGUUCCUUCAUAAGGAGCCAGAAGGAGAUGAGAAGCCUAGCAUUCCUCCUGAGCACGUCUUACUGCACACGUGGGGAAGUUAGAAGACACCCAGAGUCAGCAGUGCCACUUGUCCUGUUCAUUGCUCAUCUUCCAAAGCAGUCAUUUAAGUUGCAGCUGCAUGCUGAUGGUAUCAAAGAGCGGUUUGCACAUGCUGUGAAUGAUGUGCAGGUUUGGGACAAACGCUGUGACAGCACUGAGCUACAUGGCAAGGACUUAACCCCGCAGCAAGGGAACGUAAAGAGCACGGUAGUUCCACCAAAUGAAGAGGCUACAGCAAGUAAAACUUGGUGAACAAUUCCUAGCUCUGUUAGGGCAUUAAGAGUACAGAAACAGAUGCAUCUUUCUUCAACACAACCUGUCAGCUAUAUCCUGUUGUACUGUCGUAGCCGUGUAGCACAUCAACUCCAAGAGUAGAGCUUAUUUCUGUCCAGAGGAAAAAACCAAACCAACCAAUAGUUGUGAUGUUUUUGAGUGGGUCUAUGUUGUAAAUAUACAGUUAGCACCAGCUCUGAUUUAAGAUGAGAUCAUGUACUAUAGGUAGCCAACAUCGUAAUUCCCUAGGCUCGUGGAAUAUGCAAUCUUAACUGUCAUGUGACCUCAAACCAAAAUGACAGCUAGAAUCCAGUUCCAGUAGCUCUUGUCCACUUUUGUAGGAGAAUUGAUAACGCCAUCGUGGCAAUAACAGCUCAAUACAACUGUCUGGUUUAAAGCUUUUAUUCUAUGUUCUGCAACAACAACAAAAAAAAAAAAAAAAAAAAAAAAAAAAAAAAAAGGCAACCAAAACAAGAACAACAACAAAAAAUUGCUGUUGAGUGUGACAGUGACUGACUUUGUGCUGAAAUCUCAGCUCUUUCAGAUGAACAUUGUACAUUCUCUUGUAAAUUAAUGUUUAAAGUAGGUUUUUGUUAUUCUAGAGGAGUGUUGAUUGGACGGGUUUGCUUCUAGCACUUUAACUUAUUCUAGAAAUGGAAUUCAAAACCAACAACAACAACAACAAAAAAAAGCCCAAUGGGUUGGCUUAAGUAGAUGUAGUUGUAUAUUAUUACCAAAACAAUAUUUACAUCUCUGGAAAGUUCUAGAAAGGAACAUGAAAAAAAAAAGACACCACAGAACAAAAGCAAGACCUUUGAAGACAGCUUACUGCUAUGGUCAUGAGGAAAAAAGGGCAGAUGUUUCAUCUUCUAAUAUGCUAAUGCUCAAUAUGGGUAGAAACACAGGGCUCUGUCUCCUGUCUCUAUGUAUAGCUCUUCAUCCUUAUUAGAACUUAGUACAACAUCUAGACUAAAUGUUUACAGAAUAAGGAAACUGUAAAUAAAUUACAGUGGCUUUUCUCCCCUUUUGGUCUUCCACAGCAGUAUUAUUGUCUUUGUGGAGUUAAGACUGAUUAUUGUUAUUAUUACAACAACAACAGCAGCAAAAAAAAAAAUCCUGUAAUGGGUUUAAAGUACUCUAAGGUCACAGUGUAGAGCAAAUAAAUCUAAAUAUAUGGAAAAAUAAA